CUUGUUCUGCUCAGGCUGUGUGUGAGAGAGAAGGACGGCAGGUCGAGCAGGGACGUUGCUGGAUUAGCCGCUGUCGCCAACGCAACAAGGAUGGCCGCCGCCGCGGGGUUCCGUGCCUCCUACCACCGUUUCUUAGACCGGAUCGAGCUCAUGUUGCCGGCCCGGCUGCGCCCUUUGUACAACCACGCGGCAGGUCCCAAGACAGUGUUUUUCUGGGCACCUGUUAUGAAAUGGGGUUUGGUAUGUGCUGGAAUGGCUGAUAUGACAAGGCCAGCAGAAAAACUCAGCACAUCUCAAUCUGCUGUGCUAACGGCUACAGGCCUUAUUUGGUCAAGAUAUUCUCUAGUUAUUAUUCCUAAAAACUGGGGCCUGUUCACUGUUAACUUCUUUGUUGGCUGUGCUGGUGGCUCUCAGCUGUACCGUAUAUGGAGGUAUAACCAACAGCUAAAAGCCGAAGAAUUGGAAAAGCAGCAGUAGAAAUUGGAACUCAACUCACAUCUCCGCUAUAAAAAACUUCCCAGGGGACCUAGUUUUAAUAUUGUUCAGUUGCCCAGUGUGCAUUUUUACUAAAACUGGUAACGCAUGUUUUUCUAUAGAUUUAGAAAGCAGUCUCUUUACAUUUAAAUAAAAUCUUCAAUUAAACAAGUACAA